AUGCCCCGAGUACGCAAUGUCCACGAAAUUUCCGCCAAGAAGAGCGACGACGCCCCUCACGUCGAUACUCUGUACCGCUUCAAUAACACGGGCACCGCUCUUCCGAAGAACGUCUUGCGCAGGAUCUUCAGUCUUGCAGCGUCACCUUCUGUCCACACAUCCUCCAGUCUAACCGCCAUUCAAAUCGCAUGUAACCUCGCGCUCGUUUCCACGUAUGCGGAGAAGUGGAUGAGGCCGUUCAUCUGGCGAACGGUCAAUCUCGUCAACCCCAUGAAGAUCCAUCAAAUUCGUAACGCAUUCCACGCACAGCGUUCAACGUCCGGCUCAUUUGUGCGAAACCUGUGGAUCAGAGCAGAAACAACAGGCAGGCCGUUGAGGGAGGAAGGCCAUGUCUUGGCGCGCGAACUUGCGAUAGACCGACCUAGGAACUUGGCGAUUGACUUGACACUCGUCGUGGACGGAUGGCUGGAAAGAAAUGACGCGAGACCGACGCAGGUGCUUCUGUUAGCGCCCACGCGCCCGACGCCUUCGAAUAGGCAUAUGUUAGGAAAGAACCCAAGGUCCAUCUUCAAACGUGUCACUCACGUCAUCGUAGAGCCACACUGGCACGAGCUAAAGAUGACACCCGGCCGUCUUAACACUCUGUUUCCAUCCAUGAAGGCACUUUGCGUACGCAUUCCUGCAGAUCUUGAUCCCGAGGUUGCAGCCAAGUGCGCCCACAAGUUAUUCCGAACGAAGCGGCUUGAAGUGCUCAUCAUGUGCAUCGACAACGGUGCGAAUGGUGUCUUGAGUGUCGACAAUGCAAACUGGGUCGCACUAAGGAACCUUGCCUCUGAUCACGACAAUCUAACGAUUCUUCCGGAAGCUCUUCCCAUCCGAAGUGAAUGGGACGCCAUUGUGGCCAAUGGAAAUACUGUUUGGCGACGAGCGGAAAAUCCAGCUUGGGGAAGAACCGAGCCUACAUUCGUCGAAGAUCAGGACAUAUGUUUGGACGACGAAAGCAUCCCGCCCUUCCGGCAUUAUAUAACAGAAGACAUCAAGGACAACUUCGUCCCCUCUGAGUCGGCGAUGGAUGUUGAUGAAUAUGUGUGUUCUUGCGUGGAGAUGGAGGAGCCAGUUGAGUUCCUUGUCGAGGGAGAAGUCGAUCAGAUACUGGGGGACGUCGGGAGUUUGAGAAGUCUAUGGGAAUCUGAAUGGAGACUUUUGAGUGAGAUUGACACUGAGGAGGAAGAUAUAUGCUGA